GUGGAGUGACAAACGUUGAUGCUGUGACCGCUGGUGAUUCAGUUACAAAAUACGCGAUAAAUAACAGUGUUUUCAAUUUUAACAAACAGUGUAUUAAUCACGAGCAUACUUAUAUUCAUGUGGAUGAGCCAGAUCGAAGAAGCUUCGAUGAAGAACCUGUGUUAAACUACAGUAACGUGGUGUUGGGCACCAGUGCAAGAAAUAUAACAAUGACUUACGAAAGUGUAGGUUGCAGUGAUAACAAAUACAGUGAUACACAUUACAUAUUAACACAAGAUGACAUAAAUGCUGUAAAUUUGCCUGUCAAUGAUGACUCGGUGCACAGAACAGAAGAAACGGAGCCAAAUGAAUUUGAAAACAAGGUCGAGGCAUUGGGACAGCCUGUUGGUCCCAUUGCUGUAAACUAUUUGAAUUUUGUGCAGAAAGCAGACGAAACGAAAACUUCAACUAAUAAUUCUAAAUUUAUCCACGACAUAAGAAGCGCGGUACCAGAGAACCUAGUCCAUCCAUCAACUAGUGUUGCGCCGUGUCCUGUUUCACACGCUGAAAACAUGCCAUACGUUUACAACAUAGGUUACGUAUCUCAAAUUCUCCCCAGAACCAACGAAAAAGUUGAUUCUACCAAAGAUUUUUCUGAUAAGGAACUUUAUGGAACACCUGCGGUUUCUUUUGAUGGUUCUGGCAAAAUAUUAGCCGAAAAUCCCCAGCUUGACACCAUUGCAUCAUCUGGGCCGAGAUAUUCACCAAAAUCAACGGUCUCUGGUACAAACUUUCACGACAUUUUUUCCUACGGAAACCACGCAUUAGGAGAACUGGGAAAAUCACAAUCGACAAAAUCAGAUAUAUGGUUACCUGUCACAUACAAUUAUAAAUCAACGCCAUUGUUGCCUCCUGCAUAUCUGCAUUUUCCUAAAACCCACUUAGUCUCAUCUGCUGAUUAUCGAAGUGGAAACUUUUCCCUCUCCGCCGUGAGCGGGAAACACUGUGAUUGGUCCCCUCAAUUGCUCCUAUCGACCAAUGACAAUCAAGGAUCUCACAUCUCAGGCGUGACGUCACCAGUCAGUGAGAUGACUUCGUCUGCAACAGAGCUCUUACGUUCGGGGCUGGAAGUCGAAACUCCCAUUAACAUCGUUGACGUGGACGAUGACGUCAUCAUAUUAGGACCCGAGAGUAGUCCCAAGCAGUCAAGUGGGACUAAGACCAAAGAGGCUUGUACAAAUGAUCCUAAAAACAUGACCAAAAAAUGUAAUUACAAAACUCCGAUGGUUCCAGAAAAAAGGUUUAGUCCCCGAUUGAAGAAUAAACAGACGACUGUGAAGAAAAUUGAAGGAAAUGAUCCGAAAUUCCCUAAGCUAAAUACAACAAACAAGCGAUGUGUUCAAGUAUCAUUUAAACCGAGAAAAAGAAUUUGCUCUAGCGACAGAGUAAAUACUUUUCUGGACCCUAUUAGUGACUCGAUCGUGGUUUCUUCGGAGUCUACAAAUCUUUCCAGUUUCGUAACCCAAACUCGACAAACUACAAACAACAAACCUACUGAGUCUGUCUAUAGCGAAGGCUGCAACUCUAGUCUACAUGGAAUAUAUGAAAGUGAUCUGAAGGUGAAAGUGCGAUGCGGUUGGUCGCCUUUUGAAAGUGAUAACACUUGUGGUUUGCUCGAUAACAACGAGGUUGUUGUCAACGAACUGUGUCGUGAUAACCACGGUGAUCUUAGACCUAAGAGUUCUGUAGCCAUUACGAGUCCAAACAAGUCUGAAAAAGACAUACGUAGAACCAUCAGUACGAGCGGUGAUAAUUCCGGCUUUGUGUUUAGUACUAGUGUAGGUGCUAGUGUUAGUGAUGCUGUUAGUGAUGAUCUCUCCCUCACAAACAAUGAAACAAAUGUGGUUGCGGACCACAGAUCUCAGAAUACGCAAGAGUUGGACGGAUUUUGCAACGAUUUUUCAGGGACGCAAGAACGGGAUGCGGUUGACAACAAUUCUUCAGAAGUGAAAACAAAUUUGGACGACAAUGGCAUUUGCAAAAUGCAAAAUUUUGGCGCAGAUGACGACAGUUCCGAAAACUCAGACGAUCCACAAGUGGUUCAAAGACUGCGACGUUUGGCGGCGAACGCUCGGGAACGUCGGCGCAUGGACGCGUUGAACGUGGCGUUCGACAGACUGCGCGAGGUGCUGCCUCAAUGCGCGGCGCAUGACAAGCUUAGCAAGUAUGAUACCUUACAGAUGGCACUCACCUACAUAGCCACCUUGCGUGAGUUCCUGCCAUGAGCACAUGACGGUCACCUACAUAGCCACCUUGCGCGAGUUUCUGCCAUGAGCACAUGGCGGUCACCUACAUAGCCA